AGCCAUUUUUAAAAACGACUAGAAAAGUGCUAGGCCUACAACGACAUGGGCAUGUAUUUUGUGUGUUCUACACCGUAUUAUACUAUAUAUUUGUGUCUGUGACAUACAUAUGGGACAUAUAUUGCAUACAUGAUACGUAGACAUCGUUGUAAUGACCUGUCAACCUCUUGAGUGUUUUUUCAAGCAUAUUUCGUUGCGCCCGGAUUUCGGGCGGAAACUGCAUCAGAGAAUUACUGCUUCGGAAAUAAGAGGUCGCAGUCGGCAAAAUAAUAUCCGAUAGAAAAAGAGCCGACCAGCGGCCUCUUGUGUUAUAGGAGUAAACUCGCGCUAUUCGACUUCGACACGAUCAUUGAAAACUGCAAACGUGAAAAUGACGCAGCUUAAACAUAGAAUGCGGAAGUAAAUCAACAAGAGAAUAGCAUCAAAAAUGGCUGCCCAGUAUCAGUUUUCCAAGGAAACUGUCAAUUUCAUGCAAAUCACUAGAGCAUUACUCGAUGUAGUCCCAGAUGUCUUUAGAAAAUUACUCCUCUCUCGUCUGCCACCCUCAGGACUUGGCCCUGUUCUUUGGAACAAAAAGGGACAGAUCCUCUCUUUGUUGACAAACCAGCAGAAGAAGAUGCUGUUCCCCCAAGGUGGAGUGUUUGCAGGGUCAUUAAAGGAUUUAGAUACAUCUCUUCUCUAUAUCCUGCUUAGGAACCUUGGAAACAUUCCACCUCACCAGAACGGUUGGGGGAGAGUUCCAAAUGUGGCAGACAGAUCACUUUCAGCCAACAUAGCCCGUCUGCGUAUUCAACGUAACGAAGCUUUUGCAUACACAAACACUGCCUCCCUUUCUGAUGAAGAUUUAAAGAUAAGAUGGGCCGUUAUCAGGCAAAGUGUGGAAGACAUAGAGAAUAAUGCAUUUUCGACAAGGACAUUUGUAGCGGAGCUAGAUAGUAUACUAACCAUGACAGUUGACUCCAGCACAGAGAAGAAUUUUAAUGUUCUUGCAAAGGAGCUUGAAGCAUCAAAAAUGGCUGCCCAGUAUCAGUUUUCCAAGGAAACUGUCAAUUUCAUACGAAUCACUAAAGCAUUUGUCGGUGUAGUCCCAGAUGUCUUUAGAGAAUUACUCCUCUCUCGUCUGCCACCCUCAGGACUUGGCCCUGUUCUUUGGAACCAAAAGGGACAGAUCUUCUCUUUGUUGAAUAACCAGCAGAAGAAGAUGCUGUUCCCCCAAGGUGGAGUGUUUGGAGGGUCAAUAAAGUAUUUAGAUAUAUCUCUUCUCUAUAUCCUGCUUAGGAACCUUGGAAACAUUCCACCUCACCAGAACGGUUGGGGGAGAGUUCCAGAUGUGGCAGACAGAUCACUUUCAGCCAACAUAGACCGUCUGCGUAUUCAACGUAAUGAAGCUUACGGACACGCAAAAGCUGCUUCCCUUUCUGAUGGAGAUUUAAAGAUAAGAUGGGCCGUUAUCAGGCAAAGUGUGGAAGACAUAGAGAAUAAUGCAUUGUCAACAAUGACAUUUGUAGCGGAGCUAGAUAGUAUACUGACCAUGACAGUUGACUCCAGCACAGAGAAGAAUUUUAAUGUUCUUGCAAAGGAGCUUGAAGAAAAAAAUGAGGAACAACAGCAGCAGGAAUUUACUGCGAGAAUAUCUGAGAAUGAGGACAGACCCUGUAAUAUCACUAUCACUGUCAUUGGUCACAAAGGCGUUGGGAAAUCCUGUUUUGUCAAACAAAUCAAGGAAGAAUACAUUCUAGAAGGCGGGCCUGGCUCGACGGAUACCGCAGAUUUGUAUGUGAACUAUUUAGCCUUCAAUCCGAACACCCGUUUUCGAAAGAAACUUGAUGAAAAUGGCGAAGUAGAGACUGGUCGCCAACGACUGAAAAGGAUCAUAGAUCGAUACCGAAAGGGAGAUAAUCUGGAUAUACAAAAACCAGUACAAACAGAACCUGCAACAGUGGUCGCAUCUGUAUCUAUGUCACCUUCCCAGUCAUCACCUAUGAAAAUCUCAGAGGUUCAACGGAAACGAAAAUCACUUGCGAAUUCUUCUCAUUCAGAGGAAAUUAAGCAUGUUAAGCUAUCUUCUGAACACAGAAAUGUUAUAGAGGAGGUAAUGCACACUGAAAUAGAAGAAAGUGAUAAACAGAUGAAGGGCUUCAUCACAAUCUAUGACUUCGGAGGAGAGAAAGUGUUCUACAACACUCAUCACUGUUUCAUGUCAAGCAACAUGGUCUUUGUCCUGGUGUUCGACGUGGCGAUGUGCCUAGAUACAAACAGAUCCAAGGAUGGCUACGAAAGUAUCGAAAACUGGCUGAGGUCAAUUGCAACCUAUGCUGUUGACAAAGCAGCCCAUGGUGAAGGGACCCCUCCAGUAAUAAUAGUUGGCUCCCACCUGGAUGAAGUUUCCCCUGAUGAAAAAGAACAGGAAGAGGCAUUUUCUGCCGUGCUGGAAGAGCUGUAUAAGAACCCUCAACUACGAGAAAUCAUGGAAAUCCACGUGCAGGAAAUGUAUCCCAUCGCCAAUCUCAAUGAUUCUUCAAAACAUAAAAGAUUAUUUGAGUUGGUUUGGCAGAAGAUUAUAGAUGUUGCUCCCCUUCAGUCUCAGUGGGAGAAACCUGUUCCUGCAAGAUGGAUGGCCUUCGAACAUUACCUAGUGAAACGGAAACGUAAGAAUACAGGGAGCGUUAUUCUUACGUAUGAAGAAUUAUUGGAAAUCAACCGGGAGUCAGCAGUACCAUUAGCUGAACAUGAGAUAUUGGACUUCUUAAAAAAUCUGAGAUUGGUCGGGCCUUUUCUCUGUUUUGAGCUUCAUGGCAAGAGACCAUUUAUUGUACUUCAUCCGCAGUGGAUAGUAGACGCAUUCAAAGCGAUCAUCACUGCUCCGGAUUUCACGGUCGGCUUGUCAAUGAAGCUAAAACUUCAGUGGAAACAAUUUCAGAAAUCAGGUGAAAUAAAAAUUGACUUAAUCCAAAAACUGUGGGAGCGUCACAAGGACAGCAGCUUCCUUUCGAACUUUGAAACACUCUACAGUGUCAUGGAAACACUUGGUCUGCUGGCAAACCCAUUGUCAGAUAAUGAGAAAGUUGAAUACUUCAUAGUGCCAAGUAUGCUCAGAACGGCAGAUCCAAACAUAAUUCAACCAAUUCUCAAUCAUGCUGACACUGUCACCACUGUAACCCUUUGUCUCAAGUUUGACAACCCUUUCAUCCCACAGGCUGUGUGGGACAAGAUGAUUGCCGCCUGUAUCCAUAAGUUCAGGCCACUAAAUGAGCAUGGUCAUGACGGGUCAAAUUUUAUCCAGCGCAGUUUUGUCUGUCUGUCUGUGGACUCUCUGUGGAACAUGAUUAUCAAUUGCAGCGAAAAUAUCAUGAAAAUUACAAUGUUCAAGAAGGAUACUGAUAAAUCGGUACCAACAGGAGCUGGAGUUAAACUACUCGGUGAUCUACAAUUUCAUCUCAAAAGGAUUUUGGAGUUGAAUCACCAGAGUCAUCUCAAAUACCAAUUCUACCUGCACAAUGACUACCGCUUUACAGCCAAAGACAAGAUGGUGAAGGCAGACGAUCUGAUACAGACCCCACGCCUUCAAUGUCACAGUUUAAAUGAGACUCAAUGGAUAGAAAGAGAGCACUACCACAUCUGGUUCAAAUGCCCAGAUCAAAAGAAUUCAAUGAAUGAGACUAGAAUAAAAGAAAUACAUGCUGAAAUGAUCAGGAAACUAUCAGCAUGGAUUGAUCUGCGAUUACCUGAAACAUGGAAAACCUUCCAGACAUGUAUCACCCCCUAUUUGGAUCAUGUAGACGUUUAUGGUUCCCAGAUAAAAUGUUUAGACGAUAUCUGUAGGACACUGAUAGGCAAUGGAAGUAUUGGUUAUGGAAAAUAUGACAAGUUACGGUCUGUGGCAGAGAAAAUACAUGACGAGGCUGUUAAAAUCAUUGAUGAAGCUUCAUCAGAGAUUAACGAUAUCCAGGGCUUUGUGUUUCACGAUCAACCCCAAACUCUGGGUUGAGAUAUUGCUAAUGAGGAAUCUACCUGUACAUUGGCUCAAAGUGAUGUUACUACCGCUGAUGACUUCCUUGAGGAUUCGGGUACAUGGGUGUUGGCAGAUGCAUCCCCAAGUGUUAA